GCCCACAUCUGCGUCUGCGCCAGCGAUCUGCCAACCAUGUCGACGUCCGAGGGAGCGAGCAGCGGGGGCAAGAAGCCCGUGGUGCUUCUGUGUAUUGGGAUGGCUGGAUCCGGCAAGACAACGUUCAUGCAACGCCUGAACUCGCACAUUCACUCGCAGCAAGAGAAGCCGUACGUCAUCAACCUGGAUCCUGCCGUCGGCCACAUGCCUUUUGGAGCCAACAUCGACAUCCGCGAUACCAUCAACUACAAAGAGGUGAUGAAGCAAUACAACUUGGGACCCAACGGCGGCAUCCUGACGUCCCUCAACCUCUUUACCACCAAAUUCGACCAAGUGCUUUCGUUUGUCGACAAGCGUGCCGAGAGUCUCGACUACAUCCUUGUCGACACUCCGGGGCAAAUCGAGAUCUUCACAUGGUCUGCGUCUGGCGCCAUCAUCACCGAGUCUCUGGCCGCAACUUACCCAACCGUCGUGUGCUAUAUCAUCGACACGGCACGAUCGACGGCCCCGGCAACGUUCAUGUCCAACAUGCUGUAUGCCUGCAGCAUCCUGUACAAGACCAAGUUGCCGUUUGUGCUGGUGUUCAACAAGACCGACGUGGUGUCGCAUGACUUUGCUGUCGAAUGGAUGACCAACUUUGACAGCUUCCAGGCGGCGCUGCAAGAGGACACAAGCUACAUGGCGACGCUUGUCAACUCGAUGUGCCUGGUCCUGGACGAGUUUUACCAACACUUGCGUUUUGCAGGCGUUUCGGCAGUGACAGGCGCCGGUAUGUCUGAUCUCUUCAAAGCCAUCGACGAAGCCGUCAAGGAGUAUGAAACGGACUACAAGCCCGAUAUCGAGCGAAUGGUGCGCGAGAGAGAGGCCAAGAAGGAGCAGCAGCGCCAGGAAAGCCUGGCCAAACUGGUCAAGGACAUGCACAUCACCAAGGGCAGCAAGGUCGUGGUGGAUGCCUCCCAAGCAUUCGCCGACAACGAAGAUCCGCGCUCGGACCACGAAGACGACGAAAGCAUGGCUGACAACGAUAUUGACGACAGAUCAGACGAGAGACGCGAAGACGAGUCAUUUGGCCGAUUCUUGCGCAAGUAGUGCGGUGCUAUCCACACGACGCGAGGGAGUGGGUGUUUGACGGGGGUAUGUGGGCUCUCCCACGUCUCCAUUCGAAGCGAGACACUGGUUUGUUCUCUGCCAUCCCCGCCAUCCCCACGGCUGUUCACCCGUUUGUCGAUCUCCACUGCUGCGUCUUCGUGGCUCGCUCAAUGUUGUCAGUCUCGGCUGCCACGCUUGUUGGCUGCAUCCCCAUUCUUGUUGACGAGGCGGAAUAAAGUCAUGGACAUGGAUGUCGGAAAUAGUCGAGC